AUGUACUGGGAAAUCGGUGGUCAGCUGUAUAACAUUGCCUUUACGGGUCUGCCUAUUAUCGUUGUGGGUGUUUUGGAUAUGGAUCUGUCAACGCCAUUCAGCAUCGAGUACCUGGACUUGUACCGUCGCGGCCCAGAUCGAUUCUUUUUCAACAUGUACACCUUCUUUCGCUGGGUCGCUGCUGCUUUCUAUGAAUCGCUGGUUAUCUUUGUGGUAAUACUAUAUGGAUGCAACGCGUCCGACAAGGCGGCAGGCAAUGAGUCCCGAGUGGAGUUCGGCACCCAGACUCCGUACAUUGCGACAUUCACGGUCGUACUACAACGACGCUCGGUCGUCAACCUUUACCAGUGUACGUUCCACCCAGACCUCGCACAGCUUCUGUUGGAAACAAUGGGAGGCGCAAAGUACAAACAUCAUCUCACCAUUAAUCACGUGGAAGAGCAAACGUUGUCGAUGUCCUUGGACGAAGUCCAUGCAACCAGUUACUUGACCGAUUUCGGCCUUACUGAUGCCGAGAUUGUCAAGGCUCAGCACCAUGAACAGCAGCGAAACAAGAGUCUGUCGAGCAAUGCCGAUACAUUUACAGUAUCCGGCAAUUCCGGCGUCCAAGACAGCUAUUCAACCAGUGUAUAUCGCGACUCUAUGUCCGAGGACGGGAACUCUGUUCCAACAAAGAUGUUCCAUCCAACAACAACGAAUCAGCGGACUUUGGAUUAUGCCUUCACCAUGCGCAACUCAACUUCAAGUUAA